AUGAUCGGCUCGUCGUCUGGCAUCGACCAGGAUAGUCAUCUUGCUUCGGAUCAUACCUUUGCCAGUGAUCAAUGGGUCGGGAUGAAUCCAUACAACCAAAUGCCCAUGUCAAAUUAUGGGAACGAGUAUUAUAUGACAUCGGUUACUCAUGGGCUGCCCUCUGAAUCCAUCAAUGCCGGUCACAUGGGACCGCCGCCAGUCCCGCAGCAGAUUCAUCAUCAACAGAGUCAGCAUUAUGCCAGUCAGCUGCCUCACUUGAUGAUACCGACACAGCAGAGCACACCACCGGUGUCAUGGCCCAGCCUACGAACGAAUCCAAGCCAAACUUACUCGUCACCACCGGUUCCUAUUCCGCCCCCGUCAGUAACCCAACCGCUCAAGCAACAGCCCAAGUUACCGUCAAUCACGACCUCGACCCCCCGGAAAACUUUGACAAAUGAAGACCGUCGAAGAAUGUGUCAAUUUGCUGAAGAUAACCCCAAAGUAAAGCAGAACGAAAUCGGACUGAAGUUCGGAGUCGAAAGGAGUACGGUGUCCAAGGUUUUGCGAAAGAAGGAUCAGUACCUGAAUCAAGAUGAUCGGAGCAGCUCUCCAAUCAAGAAGCCAAAGGGCAAGAAUGCCGGCGAGCUCGAGCGGACCCUUGUGAACUGGGCCAGAAAUCAGCAGAAGAAGGGAGUGGUCGUGACCGACGAAGAGCUUGAGACUCAAGCCAGAGCCUUUUUCGCUGGAACAGGUAGUUCUGAGAAUCCCGUAAAGAUCAUCACCAGAUCUUGGCUGGAAAAGUUUAAGCAGAAGAACGGCAUGGGACCAGGCAAGCUGAUCCGCAGAGCAUCGGAAACGGCCAUCCCAGACAAUACUCAGCUCUCUGCGGACUCACCAAUCCUUUCAGCAUCUCAGACCCCAGGAGGAAUCUCGCCAGCUUCGCCUGUGGGCCAGUCUUCACCGGCUAUCGUGUCAGCGACUCCUAGUAAGGAAGGAAACGACACAUCGGGCGCCUUCGCAGAUUUUGAGAGCGGCCAGUACAAGCAUAAUCAAAGCUCGACAUCCCUCCACAGCGCUGUCACUGACCCGUCUUCAUCAUUCUCAGGGAGUGCAUUCAGCCCUGCUUCACAGUUCACGUUCUCGCCGGAUCCGAAUAGCGGUUUGUUUGAGCCGAAUCGUAUGUCCCUUGAAGCAUCGAACUUCCAGCGCCCUCGGAGCCAGACGUUCCCAACUCUGGAUAUAGAGUUUGCUCAGCAGCAGCCUUCAGAACCCCCGACGCCUAAGUACAGUGCCUCCACAACGGCGCCUUCGUCUGCUUUAGAGUCGCCAGCACACGAAAUUGCCGCUCCGACGUUUGGCAUGGACGCAACAAUCUCUCCCACUUUGCAUCACAGCCGUAGCAGCAGCAGUCUUGGGGGGAGAUCGACAAACACACCAAUACUUCCCAGUGCCGUCGCAUCUUCGCCGGGUUCUCCUACACAAGACGACGCAAGAAGGGCUGCAGAUACUUUACUGAGUUUUAUGCAGCACAUGCCGACGGGUCUGGUGAACCACGACGAGUAUGCAGCCAUCCUUCGGCUGACUGAGAAAUUGCGCCUACACCAACAACACCAAUCUUUCAAGGCCACAGUGCCUACUGGCAUGGGUGGACUCUCGAGAAUACCAGAGGGCGAUACGGAAAUGUCGAGCAUUGCGCCUCAUUUGAUGAAACACGAGCUCAAAGACGACGCCAUGAUCACCGGCUAG